UCUGUUUCUUCUUUCAGAAAGAAACCACAGAUAUAUCAGUGCAGAAUCCGAAAACCCAACAAGAUGGAAACGGAAACAAAUAUAUCACUUAUGAGAUUACUGUCAAUCAAACCUUCCAAGUUACCCAGACAUUUAUAUUUCAAUGAGAAAUUUGAUGAAGACUGUAUUGCUCAUCGGAUGAAAGGACUUCAGAAAUUUCUAUACGAGUGCAGUUUGGUAAAAGAUUAUGUCUCCGAUGCAUCGUUCCACCUCUUUCUACAGAGUGACUUAACUUGGGAUGAACUUAUUCAACACUCGAAAGGAAACUACAAACCGUCCUUAACUGAAGUUUGGAAAAUGGGUGGCCGAACGCACCCGAAAGAGCCAGAUUUUUGGGAGCAGAUUGUUGCUGGCAUUCCGUCCGAAACCUCCAAAGAUACAAAUUAAUUACUUCUACAUCAUUCUAAAUUAAUUAAUACCACAAUAAAUAAUUUAUUUUUCUGUAAA